AUGGAUAUCACCCUCAGUACUCCCAACAGCUCAGAGUUUCAAGUGUCUGAGUUCAUCCUGAUGGGGCUCCCAGGCAUUCACAAGUGGCAGCACUGGCUCUCCUUGCCCAUGGCUCUGCUCUACCUCUUAGCUCUUGGUGCUAAUCUUCUUGUCUUAAUCACAAUCCACCAUGAGUCUAGCCUUCACCAGCCCAUGUAUCAGUUUCUUAAUAUCCUGGCUGUAGUGGACAUUGGCCUAGCUACUACCAUCAUGCCCAAGAUACUGGCCAUCCUGUGGUUUGAUGCUAAGGCCAUAAGCCUCCCUGAGUGUUUUGCUCAGAUUUAUGCCAUCCACACUUUUAUGUGCAUGGAGUCAGGCAUUUUCCUAUGCAUGGCAGUGGAUAGAUAUGCAGCCAUUUGUUAUCCCCUUCAGUAUCCUUCCAUAGUUACUGAAUCUUUUGUAAUCAAAGCCACACUAUCCAUGGUGCUCAGAAAUGGCCUGUUGACCAUUCCAGUGCCUGUACUGGCUGCCCAGAGACAAUACUGCUCCAGGCAUGAAAUUGACCACUGCCUGUGCUCUAACUUGGGGGUCACUAGUCUGGCCUGUGAUGACAUCACCAUUAAUAGGUUUUACCAGUUGGCUUUGGCCUGGCUUGUUGGGAGUGACAUGGUUCUGGUCUUAGCUUCCUAUGCUUUGAUUAUUCGCUCAGUGCUGAGGCUGAACUCUGCCGAAGCAACAGCUAAGGCCUUGAAUACCUGCAGCUCCCACCUCAUCCUCAUUCUCUUUUUCUACACAGCUAUUAUUUUAGUAUCUGUCACCCACCUGGCAGGAAGAAGGGUUCCUCUCAUCCCUGUCCUCCUCAAUGUGCUUCAUAUUGUCAUUCCCCCAUCCCUUAACCCUAUGGUAUAUGCCCUUAGAACACAGGAGCUGAGAGCAGGCUUCCAGAGGGUUCUUAGCUUGGGUUAG